GUCCCAGCGACUGUUUGCACCUGUCUGAGCUUUUGAAAAUGUUGACCCUACUAGUUUAUUUUAUAACUCUCCAAAUCAUGUGCUGUAGGGUCUGAGAAGGGAAGGAAAAACAUCUGAUUUUAGUCUUCCGGCGCUGGGGACUGAAAAUCAGCCUGCAGCCAUAGUGAACAUCCCUAUUUUGAUACAGUCACAGUAAAAGUGAAAGCAGAGGUCCUGCCAUUUCCUCAUUCACAGUCCCAUGUGACGAGCCUGGGAGAGCAAACCGAACUCCUUCUUCUAGGCAUGCAGUCAGAGCAGGAAGGGUGUUAGGGUUCACUCAGGAGCCAACCUUGGGAGGAGAAUUUGCGGGAAUUCUUGCUGCCUGCUGAUCAGUUCAGGAUUCCUGCCUAGAAAUCUCCACUGGGCGAACUCCCGUCAGACCAGAAUGAAGCUGUUGCUUUGUAUCUUCCUGGCCUCUCUUGCUUCUGCUGCUACUGCACAUCUACACUCAGACCCGACGCUGGACAACCACUGGGAGCUCUGGAAGAAAACCUAUGGCAAGCAAUACAGCCACAAGAAAGAGGAAGGGGAACGGCGCGUGAUCUGGGAAAAGAACCUCAAGCUCGUUAUGCUGCAUAACCUUGAGCACUCACUGGGGCUGCAUUCCUAUGAGUUGGGCAUGAACCACCUGGCAGACAUGACCAGCGAGGAAGUGGCUGCUUUGUUAACUGGAGUGAAAAUUCCCCACCGACCUGACCGGAAUUCCACCUACAAGCCACGCCCGGGCAGCCAAGUGCCGGACUCCAUGGACUGGAGGGACAAAGGAUGUGUUACUGAUGUGAAGAAUCAGGGGCCCUGUGGCGCCUGCUGGGCUUUCAGUGCUGUCGGUGCCCUAGAAGCCCAGGUGAAACUGAAAACUGGAAACCUGGUGUCUCUUAGCGCACAGAACCUAGUUGACUGUUCCACUAUGUAUUGGAACCACGGCUGCAGCGGUGGAUUUAUGACCUACGCCUUCCAGUACAUCAUUGAUAAUGAUGGCAUUGAUUCGGACGCUUCCUAUCCGUACACAGCUCAGAACGGAACAUGUCACUAUAACCCUGCCACACGAGCCGCCACCUGCUCCAAGUUCGUUGAGCUCCCGCAUGCCGAUGAAGCAGCCCUGAAGGAUGCUGUAGCCAAUAUCGGACCUGUGUCUGUCGCCAUAGAUGCGAAACAGCCUUCGUUUUUCCUGUACAGAUCAGGAGUCUACGAUGAUCCACGCUGCACUGAUGAUGUGAAUCAUGGGGUUCUAGUUAUCGGCUAUGGCACCCUGGAUGGGAAGGACUUUUGGCUUGUGAAAAACAGCUGGGGUGAAUAUUUCGGUGACAAAGGGUACAUUCGAAUGUCCAGGAACAAAGGAAACCACUGUGGGAUUGCCAGUUAUGGCUCUUAUCCACAAAUAUAGAGGGACGCUCUGCUUCAGAAUGCACUCUGGAGAUGUGGUCUGUUAAAUUGCGAAUCUUAGCCUUGCUGUAAUCUAACUGCUCUGUUUGAGAACAAUGUACGGGCUGUAGUGGCAAAAUCCUCCCAUCAGAUCCAUCUGACGGACCUGAGAUAAGUAGCCAAAAUGAUGAAUGAUCGUGGUUGGUCUGGUCCAGAAUUUGGGCACUUGUAGCUCACUCUCCCUAUCCCACAGGGGUGUUUUCAAUUGAUUAAUGUCUAUACAUUGCUUUGCGCAUGUGAAGUGCUAUUUCAGUGCUAAGUAUUGUCACUGCCACUGUCUCAAAAUGUAUUGGCUGAAGGCCAUGUCGCACGGAUAAAGCUACUCCACGUGGUGGAGUUGCCGAAGCCACGUCAGAGGUGGAGAGGCGAAGUAGAUGGAUCAGCACAUCCCUAGCCACAUGUAUGGAUUUUCCCCAAUACAGGUCACAAAGCAAUCAUUAGCAACCUAGGAGAUCAAGCAAACUAUGGACAUUCCUUGGAGGAGGGAACAUGUUUCCCAUGGCCACACAAAAUUGGGUUGGUAUCUUGCAAUGCUGCUCCCAUAAGUCUUUGCGAAGCCAUUACACACCAGCCAUCAGAAACGACCUGAGAUCGCCUUGUGCCGUGGAGAAGCCCAGCCAUGGAACCAUGAGCAAGAAAGCAGGGAAAGGGUGAACCUGGAAUCCACACUCCCAGCUGCAAAUGCCAGCACAGCACCGGGAAUCACAUCUGCUGCCCUGCUCUACUCCACAGGCUGCGGGCCAGGGCCUCCCUGCUUCUGGAUCUGACCUACUGUGCCCUACUUCGAGAUAUGAUUUGCAGACACCUAUUGAUCGAAUCCUUGCGGGAUACAGUUUCAGAGUGACGUCACACAUCUCUACAGCACAUGAAAUGCAUUCUCUUCUCUCCAAUUCAGCAGUGAGGUUGCUAUGAUGCUCCAGAUCUAAUCUCAUCUGUAAGCAAUGCAUGUAAAAUAAAUUACACAUCCUCUUCUGAAAGGAAAAAAAUAUAUUCAAUUGUCUGAGAA